GUCGGCGCUUCGUUCGUUUCCGGUCAGCGUCGCCAUCUGCUUUCUCGUCCUUCUCCAAUCUCCGUGUUGUUGUUCCCGGUGACGCGGCGGAGGUGUAGCCUGACGCGGGCUCUUACGUGUCGGCCAGAAUAAAAGUGGAGCUCCGGAGACCCGGGAGUGACGAAAGGGUGUCUGUAUCGCUUUGCCGAUGAAGAUGGAGCCAGCAGCCGAGGCUCAGCAGGCGGCGGACACUGCUGUGACGGAGACGGAGAGCCAGCAGAUCACCCCGGCACAGAUCGCCACUUUAGCACAGGUAUCCAUGACAACAGGCCACGCCUCGGCAACAGGUCCCACUGUGACGCUGGUGCAGCUUCCCAACGGACAGACGGUCCAGGUCCAUGGCGUCAUUCAGGCUGCACAGCCGUCUGUUAUCCAGUCGCCACAGGUCCAGGCUGUGCAGAUCUCCACCAUAGCUGAAAGUGAAGAUUCCCAGGAGUCAGUGGACAGUGUGACGGACUCUCAGAAGCGCAGGGAGAUUCUGUCCCGGCGCCCUUCAUACAGGAAAAUCCUGAACGACCUUUCGUCGGACGCGCCAGGAGUCCCACGGAUCGAGGAGGAAAAGGCAGAGGAGGACUCGUCUGCUGCUGCAGCUACACCCGCCAUCACCACCGUCACCGUUCCCACACCCAUCUACCAGACCAGCAGCGGACAGUACAUUGCGAUCACGCAGGGCGGAGCCAUUCAGCUGGCCAAUAACGGCACAGAUGGAGUUCAGGGCCUUCAGACUCUGACCAUGACCAACGCUGCUGCAGCAGCCGCACAGCCAGGAACCACCAUCCUGCAGUACGCACAGACCAGCGAUGGCCAGCAGAUACUGGUUCCCAGUAACCAGGUGGUCGUCCAAGCUACCUCAGGUGAUGUCCAGGCCUAUCAAAUCCGAGCAGCUCCCGCCAGCACCAUCACUCCUGGUGUUGUCAUGGCCUCCUCCCCUGCCCUCCCAACACAAGGAGCCACAGAAGAAGUCACCAGAAAAAGGGAGGUCCGUCUCAUGAAGAACAGAGAGGCAGCCCGGGAAUGUCGCAGGAAGAAGAAGGAGUAUGUUAAAUGUCUGGAGAACAGAGUCGCCGUCCUGGAGAACCAAAACAAGACACUAAUUGAAGAACUGAAAGCACUUAAAGAUCUUUACUGUCAUAAAUCCGAGUAGCUCGUGUCCUGAACACGGAGCUGGGCCAAGUAGUUUUCCGGUUUCUUUCAAAUGCUUUGACUGUUUGAUUCUGCCUGCCUUGGCCUUCCUAUCCGACAUGGCUGGCCUGUUUUUGUUUUGUUUGUUUUUUUCUACCCAGGCGAGCUCUCCUUAUAUAGCCUUUUUAUUCAACGGUUCAAUAAAUUUCAACAACAUAAAGUAGCAUACUGUCAUCAGGAUCAAUAGGGAAAAGAUGAGAAGAGUCCCAUCUAAGACGCGGUACUCUAAAGAGCCAGAAUCCCGUUAACCAUUCUUUAAGUCGGUGCCGGAUGCUGCAGAGAUCUACAUACUCUUAACGGUUUAGGCCCCCGCCCUGCAUUAGUUUGUUCAUCACUGUAUCUAUGUUGUUUGUUGUGAUCCAUUUUUGUUGUAUGGAAAAGGUGCCUGAGUCAAAGGAUGCCAUGGAGAUAUAAGCUCUAGAUCUGUUUUCAACAUAAACACCCAGAUGUUAUUUUUAGGUACAAUCAUAGCUGGGUCGAACGCAUGGGUUAGCUUCUGGGACAGAUCGCAGAUUCCAGAUAUUGUCUUCUCGCUGUUUCUGCGCUAUGGAUCAUCACUUGGCCUCGCUAGGAAAGACUUGUGUUGACUGUGCAAGCAAUAAUGUCUUUUCAAGGUAUCUCUGUUCACUCUGUUACCAUUUAGAACGUUUGUUACAAACACUUAGAAAAGGCAGGAAAGAGCAACGUCAAGCAUCCUCUUCCAAGAAACAUUGGCUGCCUCUGUAUAUUCAGCUACAAAACAGAUUUGUUUAUUUUCAUUUUAUCAUUAUUUUACGAUAAGUUAAAUGGACCCAUCCUAAAUAUUUCAAUAGGGUGUCUGCAAGCUGGGUCUCUAGUUUCCCAAGUCAGUUGUAGACUGAUCUGCUAAGCAUAAUGCACAUCAGGGCUAGAUUCGCAGUUCAUUCAGUCUUUAACUAACUCCUAAUACUGUAUUGUUGGAAAGAGGACAGUCGUGGUGUAACUAAACACUUGUCUAACCUGUUGUUCAUGGGAUAGCUUUCUAACUUCUCCACUAACUAACUGGGAUGUUUCCAGUGAAGGUUUUCCUCAGCAAAAGUCAUCCGAGUCAUUCAAGAAUAGGCGUUUGGCAUUUUGGCAAAUCUUGCACACCGUUCAAAACGUCAUGAAAUCCAACGUCAUGUGCUUGCGGUAAAAUCAAACGACACAUUUUGUAAGAAUGACAGGGUCGAAAUUUAGCGAUUGUGUUGCGUUUAACUCACUAAUGACAUCCAGGACGUUUACAGCGAUACUUUUAUUUUUGCUAACCGGAGCAUCUGGACAGCCACAACAUGCUGCUCUAACCAGUUAGCAGUGUUUGGGAAGACAGUGCACUCCUAACAAAUCUAUAGUUUUAUCAUUUGUUUACAAAAAUGUCUGACUGACAGCCAUCAAUAAACUCGCGCCUCGCUCCUGCUGGCGAUGUUUUCAUGCGGUGCAGUGCUAGGCUAAUGCUAGCAUGUUCCUUAUUUUUUAAAGUCUAUUUUAAAUAUGUCAGUUUUUAACGAGGAGUGUGUGCGCAUCUGCCACGAAUGUUAGGGAUUCCUGAGCAAAGCGCGGAGAGCGAUCGUCUCCUUUUUAGCCAUCAACGUCGGUGUCGCAUGGCAUGGUGGAAAUGCUGCUUACAAAAUCGCAAAGAGUACAGACGCCGCAUGUACAGUCGUUUUAGGGGACUCCCAUUACUUCUCAUUCAAAAAAAAAGGUGGCUUGUGACAUCCAUAAUAAUAUCUGUCAAAGCCGAUACAUUAGCUGUAUUAUUUGGAAUAUAACAAAAAUACAAUAUUCUAUUCAGAGAGACUAAAAUAACCUUUAUCACACGGCAGAGCAAUAGUACAGCCGGAUAGCAUCUUGCUAAUUGGCACACAAGCAGUUUUUCUGAGGGUAUUUAAGAGAGUUUACGGUUUAAACUGUAGUUUCUUCAUAUUAACCUCUCAUGUUACUUGUAAUAUCCUCACAUAUUAAAGUUUGUGUAAAGCAAUACGUUUUAAUGCAUAACAGGACAACCUACAAAUAGUUUCAAAAAUUUGUUCAAAUAAGUUAUGAAUUAGAAAUCUAAUCUGUUAUGGUACACGAUAAAGGUGUACGAAAUGACACGUUUAUACUUUUUUUUGCUUCUUUUUUUUUAGACUUUUUCAAUUUAAUGAAAUAUUGGCAAAAUAUGAACCAUGUAAAUGUAGUAAAUUGCUGUUAUUUUGUUUUGUUGCAAAUUGGACUCUGAGAUCUAGGAAAAAAAAACCUAUUUGCUACAAUUUCUUGAAAAUAACACAAGUUGUAUAUUAAAUCCUGUUGGAGUGAGAUUGUGUGUGCGUGUGUUGAGAAGGAAUGUUUAUGUGAGUGUCUAUAUUUUAUAUUACUGUACAUAAACUCUACAGCAUGUGUAGACUUCAUAUAUUUCCGUUUAUUUAACAAAUGUUUUUAUGACUUGUAUGGAGAGUAAAAAAAAAAAAACUUUGCAUAUUUGUAAUAUACAUCAGUGUAUAAUUCAAAGCAAUGUUCUGUAUGUGUGCAUUGAUGUGUCCCUCCUGGCCAACCAGCGUUAUGGCAGCUAGUGAAUGAGGAAUGGCCUGUGUAGGAGGGGCUUGAUUUUGGAUUGUUUUAAUCUGUUUUUGGAUCAGAGGUGUUUGCAGAAAAAGGGUAAAUCUGUUUGAAAGACGUUUGGCCACAAAACACAAGUCAAUUCGGUCUCUUUUGUUCAUCUGUGAAUGUUACUCUUUUGAUCUUUAUAUACAUAUUUUUUAUCUUUUAAGUGUAAACUGCUCCAACACCAAAUCUUUUUAUACAUUACAAAGUUAUGAAAUGAAAGCACAAUGUUACCCCCCCCCCGCAUUGAGGCCCUUUUGUUGUUCUUUAUUCUGCUUUAUACUGCAUUUCAUUUCAGUACAAGGUUGCCUCUUAUUUGUAUCAUUGAAUUUGUUUACAGUUGUAUGGAAAACGACUGGGAAUCAACUUUCAGGAAUAUAUAUCAAUAUUUCUCCGAUUCCGAGUGACUUCUUUUUUUAGGUGGAAAAAAAAUAAUACUUAGGUUUUUAUUUUGAUCUGAAAACUUCACCUCUCUAAUCAUGUUUGUCAAUCAACAUUAUUAUAAUGUUAUAUGUCAAUGUUUUGUCUUGACCUAAAAAAAAAAAAAAAAAAGUUCGGUCAUUCAAAACUCUUAGUUUUUAAAUGAAUCCCAGUUUUGAUAAACAGAUGUUAUGGGUUGAACCGAAAUUACACAACAAAGAUAACUCAAUCCUGUGAUAACGUAGAUAUAAAAUAAUAAUCCAGCCAACUGUUUCAUUAGAGGCUUUUUUUUCUAAAAACCUCUAUAUUUUGUUUGUUUACUGUACAUUUUAGUUUCAAGGUAUUGUUCUUGAUUUAAAAAAAAAAGUUUUUUUAACAAACAAAGCACUAGCAUUUACUUUAAAUAUCAGAUCAGCAUGUAAUAUAGCUUUUACAUUUUGUUGGUGUUUUGCUUUACGGUGUGGUUCAAUAGAUCAAUGUAGAGACAAGACAACUUUAUACAUGCAAGUUUUGAUAUUUCAUACAAACCGUCUGAAUCAGUAUCAUGAUAUGUAUGUUGUGUUCGGGGCUUAGUUUCACUUACUACCCGGCCGUAACGGUAUUUGCGUUGCAAUAAAAAGUGUAUUCUUGAAUCAAAAUAAAAAAGAAUUGCCAUCCCUUGAGAUUCACACAUCCAGUGCUGGUGCUAAAUAAGACCUCGUGGCAUGAUUACUUGUUAUUUUUACUUGCAAACUUGCAUUGUGUGAAACUCAGUGCCCGAAUUGUUUGUACCUAUUGCCAUAUAAAUAUAAAAUGCAUAAUUUUUAUUGUGAUCGAUGUAAUGAUUGUUACUUUUGCAAAGUCUGAACAUAAAUCACACACGUUGUACAGUGACCUCUUAAGACAAGGUUACAAAGUGUCAUAUUACAUACAAAGUUUGUUUUAACACAAUCUCAUUAUAACAUUGUAUCUGACCAAAAUUUCAAAGUGCUGUUACUCUGAUAUACAUCACUCUUUUGUAAACAACGGAUAUGUCUUAAUAAACUGUUCUAAAAUA